GCAGAGGGCAGCCGUGUCCAUUUUUAAACAUUAGUAAACACAAUAGAAGAAGAAGGAGGAGCGCCCCUGAGAUUUAAUUAUUUCCAAAGCACGAGUGUUGAAUGAAUAUUGAGCAAAAACAUAUCGACAAAGACACUUUUCAGCAUAAGCCACUGCAGAGGUCAUGUCAGGAAUUAAAAGGAAAAUAGAAGGGACUGAUCCCGACUAUGAGGAUAUUUCUCAGGUCCAGAACAAUAAAAGAAAUAAGACAGCUGAGCACGAUGCUCGAGAAGCAACGAUUCAGAAGAUCGAAACCAUCAUAAAGGAGCAGUUUUCUUUGGAAAUGAAAAACAAAGAGCACGAGAUAGAUGUGAUUAGCCAGCGUCUAAAUGAGGCCAGGAAAAUGAUGGACAAGUUACGGGCUUGUAUAGUUGCCAAUUACUAUGCCAGUGCUGGAAUAACAAAAGUCCCUGAGCAUGCGCCUAAAAGCGAUCCGGCUGUGUUAAACCAUCCAGCCAUUCGUCGGUUCCUGGAGCCUCCAUCACGGUCCUCCUCACCAAUAAACCAAGGCUCUGAAACGCCUUCUCUGGUCCAGUCAGAGUCAGAGUCCCUCUCACAACAAGGAGACGGAUCUGAGAGGAACGGAGAGGGAGUCUGGAGAGAGGAGGGCACCAGGCAGGUGCGCAGGCCUGGACGCAACACAGGAAAAGACACAUUUGGUGUGUCGUCGUCCAUUGGAGCGGAGCAAAGGGUGACCUACCACACGACUGGAGACGAAGCUUCUAGACUCUACGUAAAAAAGACGAUCGUCGUAGGGAACGUAUCCAAGUACAUUCCUCCUGAUAAGCGAGAAGAGAGUGAUCAGUCCACCCACAAAUGGAUGGUUUACGUCCGAGGCUCCAGGAGAGAACCCACCAUUGACCACUUUGUGAAGAAAGUCUGGUUCUUCUUGCACCCCAGCUACAAACCAAACGACCUUGUGGAAGUCAGUGAGCCCCCCUUUCAUUUAACACGCCGUGGCUGGGGGGAGUUUCCUGUCAGGAUCCAGAUCCACUUCAAAGACCCUCGCAAUAAACGCAUUGACAUCAUCCACCAGCUAAAGCUGGACAGAACAUACACUGGACUUCAGACCCUCGGGGCAGAAACUGUGGUUGAUGUGGAGCUCCACAGAGACUCUCUCGGGGAAGAUUACUACUUUCAGCCGUCUUCCUCCAAGGUGACGCAAAGAACAGCCAGCCCUUUGUCAGCCUCCAGCUUUGCCCAGUCUCACGGACGAUCUGCUUCCCCCAUCUCCCAUGACGGCAGUGUAGACAAAGGUUUGAUUAAAGCAGAGGUGGGAGGUGCUGCAGUUGCUCUUAGUUCGGGUCUCGCUGCUGGUGAGCGCACUCCAACACGUCCCAAAACUGGUGACAGGGUUACUUUGGGUUCCCAUGGCAACUCUGCCUUCCAACCUAUCACAGCAAGCUGUAAGAUAGUCCCUCAAGGACAGCCACCCAGUCCUGCUGAAUCUCCUGGGAAAUUGUUCCAGCCCAUCACCAUGAGCUGUAAAAUAGUUUCAGGAUCCCCCAUCUCCACCCCGAGCCACUCUCCUCUGCCUCGCACACCCUCAGCCUCCACCCCCGCCCACACCAAGGACGGCUCCUCCGUGCUCAACAACCCUUAUAUCAUAGUAGACAAACCUGGCCAGAUGAUCGGCAUGACGUCCUCGUCUGCUGGGCCCACAGGAAGCCCCACAAGAAAACAGGCUCAAGGCACACGCUCCCCAGCUCCUAAAGUUCACACCGGCACCUUGCUGUCUUCAGGAGUGAAGGUUAUUAUCAAACAGGAGCCAGGGGAAGUUUCAACGGCGCCGCAGCAGCAGAUGGUUUCCACGGUAACCGGCCAGCAGCAGCAGCAGCCUGCUGCUACGGCGGCUCACCAGUUGGUUGCAAUGAAAGGAGGUCACAUGAUCUCCAUGACGGCUCAGAAACAGGCCGGAGGAGCCACAGGGUCCACAACAAGCAAGAUGUUGGGAAUUCCUGUUGGCUCCGCCCUUCAAUCUUCAGUUAAACAGGUUGCCAUCAGUAGUGGACAAAUUCUGGUUGCUAAGGGUAACCCCGGCGUCUCUAAGGUGAUGGGAGGAAAACAGGUUUUGGCUCAGGGAGUUGCUAAAGCCAUCGUCAGUGGAGCCAGUGGCAUUUCAGGCCAGCAGGGCGGCGCCAAGACAGCUGGUGGUUCAGGGGGCAAAAGUGGAGUAAUGGCUACACUGCAGCUUCCUGCCAACAACUUGGCAAAUUUGGCCAAUUUGCCCCCCGGCACCAAACUCUAUCUAACCACCAACAGUAAGAAUCCGUCAGGGAAAGGAAAGCUGCUGCUUAUUCCACAGGGAGCCAUUCUCCGAGCAUCCAGUGCAAGUCAGCAGUCCCAGAGCAGCUCCUCUGGAGGCGCAGGAGGUUCCCAGAGCUCCUCUUCCAGCAAUCUCACUUCAAACCUGUCCUACACAUCCUACAUCCUCAAACAGACCCCACAGGGCACAUUUCUGGUUGGGCAGCCAGCACAGGGCUCCGGGAAACAGGGGGGUGCCAGCUCAGCAGCUCAUUCAGCAGCUUCUCCAGCAGCUGCUACCCAGCAGGCCAUUCGGGUCACAGCUGGACAGAAAGCAGCCAUCUUGGCUCAGGUUGUGGGCACCUCGCAGGGCGCCCAGCUUAAACUGUCUGACGGCUCUGUCAAGACCGUGACAUCAGCAGGAGGCGGCCACGUGUCCAAGUUGGGUACCACCACGCUGAGGAUGACGGGCGGAGUCAUCACUACUGCAAGCUCCACCCCUGCUAGCACUGCAGCAGCCAAUCAGCAGCAGGCAGCUGAUGGUGGGAAGUCGGCCUCUCAGCAGCACUCUCUUCUGGUGGCAGCCAACCAGGCGGCUGUAAUCAGCGCAGCCAAGAACUCCAGUGCAGCUGGAGGCGGAAACGCGUCCAAAGCUGCUCCAUUGAACGCCUCGGUGAAAGGAGCUGGUCUUUCUGCCACCAAAACCGCUGCAGGCCCAGCUGGUGCUGCAGUCUCAGCUGCAAAGGGAGUCACAAGCAUGCCGGUCGUAGGGAUGUCAAAAGGAGGCGGGGUCGGGGCUGUAGUGAGCGUACCCAAAAGCAGCGGCGGGUCGCUAGUUUCUGCAGCGUCAUUAGUGAGCGGCGUGGCGUCCGGAGGAGGAAGGACAAGUGCAACUCUAUCAGGGAUGCUGAAGAUCCACUCUGGAGCUUCCGGCUCCCAGCAGACGGUCUUAACCAUUCCUGCCAACCAGCUCAAGCAGCUGAGCGUUGGCAGCGGGUCUGGACUGCAAACCAUUUUUAUGCCUGUUGGGAAAGUGGUGUCUAAAGGCCCAGUCUCCAGUACUGCUUCCUCCUCAUCAUCAGCAACUCCUGGAACAACUGGAACUGGAGCCUCCCCAAGUCCUGCUAGCCAACAGCCCCCCUCCCUUGCCCUGCCUCUGGCACAAGUUAAGACAGAACCGGGGGCGUGUCCAUCUGUCUCAGCCUCCCCGUCGCCCCCAGUGACUGCCGCCGCCCCCACCUCAGUCCACGUUACCUCAGCUGCCACCACGGUCAAGCAGGAGCAAGGGGCGGAGAGCACCGCGCACGACCUCAUCAACACUGAGCACAUUGAGACCAUGAUGCAGCUGCUGACUGCUGUUGUGAAGAAGUUCCCUUUAAUUGUGCCAGAAAAAACUGAAGACUCCCACCCAUUUUGUGCCGCUUCGAUAGAACAGUAUUACUCCUGGAAUAUUGGCAAGCGUCGAGCAUCAGAGCUCCAGCGAGCCGUGGCUGUGAAGCGAGUUGUCCAGGAUGUGCUGGACCGCUCGCCACGCUUGCAGGCCCUUACGCCUCCCAAGACCAGAGAGGUGGUACAGUGGUGCCGACAAAGAGGCUACACGCCACCUGACCCUGAGCCCCAGCACAGGCACGACGACGAAUCCAUCGAGGACAUUCUCACUCAAAUAGAUAAUGAACCCGAAUGCCCGUCGACUCUCAGCAGCUACGAGGAGCUGAUGAUGCGCCUGGAGCAGAUGCAAGCCCUCCUAAAGACCGAGCCCGAGGAGGCAGACGACGAAGUCAUCGACAUCGUUGCGGUGACUCCUCCGCGCCAGAAGCUAAAAGUCAAAGAAGAGGAGCAGGAAACCGACGUGGAGCCCAAAUUCUUCCUGGGGCCGUGUGUGUCGUCGCAGUUUGUCAGUGAAGCUGCUCAGCAGAUCGGAACGACCUUUCAGCCGGUGGAGGUUGAGAAGAAUUUGUUUGCUCCGGUGGUGGAAGCUAUGAUUCUGAAGGCUACAGAACAGUUCGCCAGCGACAUCCUGAGGGAAGCUCUGGCUGUUUCUUACUCCAAAACCCCCCCAAACAGGGCUCCCAGAGAAAUCUCAGCCAUGAACAUCCACCAGGCCCUCAGCAGGAUCCCCACCUGCGACUUCCUCACCAACGCACACAUGGGCUACAUGAAGAAGGACAGCUGAGGGAGCAAAGACUGGACCCGGAGCUGCUGCAGAUGUAGAUUCACCGUUUCAGGUCGUGCAGUAAGAACAGCCGUGUGGUAUUUAUUAUUGCAGAAGGACUCGGCUUGCUUCUCAGAGCAGCCGAUCAGCAACACGAGAACAAUUUCGUGGUUGUUUUUAUGAAUGGAGUGACAGCAAUCGAGGAAAUGAAGCUCCAUAGAGCUGAGGCGUCUCUUCUUGUGCUUCAGCUAUGUUCCUUCAUCUCUCUUUUGAAUUCAAGGCAGUUUAGGAAAAAAUACUAAUCAUUCUGUCUAAAACAAAACGAUCUGAGAGGCUCUUCUACAAGCAUUGUUGUCACGGCAACCCAUAAUUAUAGCCAUUGUGUCCCCCAUUGGUGUAUUUCAGUGUUAUGUUUAGACUGUUUGGAGGCUCCUUACAUGAGAUGACAGCUCUUUUGUAGUCUGAGGUUUGGAGAAUUUAGUCAAAUAUCAUGUCUGGUUAUUACACUCAAUCUGAGCGUAUGAAAUGACGGGUAGUUUAGUGUUUUUAGUUUUUUUUUUCAAUGUUGUGUAAAGCAGAUCAUGUCUGUGUUAUUGCGUGUAACGCUCAUCAUUCAACCACAUGACAACUGUUAACCCUGGAUCUACCUCCAGACUGCAAGAAGACUCAGCAUCUCUGGAACGAGUCUGAUCCAUUUUUAACAUUCUCCUUUCAAACAGAAGACACUUGUGAUGUUGUCUUUUAUUUAAGUCCUUUAAAGUAUGUGGCCAGUCAUUUCCAUGCAGUGCAUAACCAAUAUCUAAACUACAUUUUUUGAAAUUUUCACAAAUUUAAACCAUUAAUUUCAAUAAAACCUCACAAAAAAGAUGAAGCUGCAGAUACGUAAUGUUGGUUUAAUGUCACGUUUUACAUUAUUUUAAUGUGAAGAUGAUUGGACCAGUGAAUGUUUAACGUGGGAAUGAUGCCAACCAGAUUUAAUUUGUGAAAAAGAUCCCUGAACACUGUAUUUUAAAGGUUUUGGUACUCAGCAGAAAUAUGACAGAUAUUCUUGUAAUAAAGUCUGAAAAAUACUUUUCAAA